UUACAAUGCAGCUUUUGUAUUACAUGGCUACUACUUAAUAAUAAUAAACCACGCCUUCACCGGUGCCUGUUUGUAAUUUAAGCUCCUGAAGCGCCAUAAAAGAGAAGCAAAACUACAAAACCUGUUCCCAGUUUCUGGUCGGAGGAAGUGGCUGCGCUGAGGUUUCAAAAGGAGAUAUUUGCUGAUAAAAUUUAUUACGAACUACAAAGUCCGUUUUAUUUAGGUAUUCGUUCAUUUAAAGAAGAUAACAUGCAUUUUAUUCCUCUCGUCCUCCUCCUCUUUGGUUUGAGCUCAACGCUGGCACAGAAUACAACAGCUCCAAAUACAACAACAACAACAACAACAACAACACAGACUACACAAUCUUCAACUACGACAACACAGACUACAUCACAAACUACUACAAGUAAAGCACCGACUACAACACCACGUCCAAGUUGUGAGAGCAAGAAUGGUACAAGCUGUGAGGAAUGCUUGGCAUAUGUGGAUUGUCUGUGGUGCAUUCCAACUAAAACAUGUAUAACAUACCCAGCCAAAACCAUCCUGCCCCCCCAUUCCCUCUGCCCACUGAGUGAUGCUCGAUGGGGCCUUUGCACAAUAAACUUCCAGAUUUUGAUCAUUACAUUGUCAGUGGCUGGAGCGCUCCUCAUCAUUGGUUUUUUGCUGUGUAUUUUCUGCUGCUGCAAGUGUGAGAACAUUGGAUCUGCUCGAUCUGAAAACAGAAUGAACCGGCAAUUAGACAAGAGAAAAACAAAACAAGAGCAGAGAAAAACUGAGCUGAAGAUUAGACAUGAUGAGAUCCGACAAAAAUAUGGUCUCAGCAGGGCAAGUCCUUAUGCCAGAUUUGACAAUCCCAGCUAAAAUGAUGGGUGCACUGUUUUAAAGAUGAAUAUUUUGACUAUCUGCUGCCUAUUUGAAAAUUAUUAAAAAAAAAAAAAUUAAAUAAUAAGAUUCCACUGCGCUAAAAAUAAUGAUUUUCUGCUUAAGUAAAAUUCUAUUUAUUGUCAUUUCUGUUCAUUUAUUUUAUUAAAUAUAAUUUUCCACAAAGGCUACCCCACCAUCAUAAUAUGAAAGUAAGUUUUUUUUUUUUUUAUAAUUUUAAUCAAAAAUAGAUUUCACUGAAACAAAAAUAAUAAAAUAUAAUAAUAAUAAAAAAUAACAUAUCUAAUGUUCUCAUCUGAAGCCAAGCAUAAGCAUCUGCUAGGUUUGGGUCGGAUUGAAGGAUUACUUAUUAGUCCAUGACUGUUUUUCAUAGCCUAAUAGACCUUUUUAAGAUACAGUAUUUGGAUAUUUGGUAAAUACCUGCUGAUGUAAUAUACUCAUUUAUUGAAUAAAAAAUAAUAGUAAUUAAAA